AUGUUACAAAGCUAUUUAUUACCAUUUAGGAAGUUAAUUUCCAUAAAAGGUAGUGAAUCGUUUUCAUUUCUUCAAGCACUAUUAACUAAAGAUUUAAGAAAAUUAGAUAAAACUAAUAAUGGUAUUGAAUUUUCCUUUCUUCUUAAUUCCAGAGGAAGAAUUGUUACAGAUCUUUUGGUAUAUAAAGUAGAAGAUGAAUUUCUUUUAGAGAUGGAUCAUACAAUAGUUCAGAGGAUGUUAAAAUUAUUAAAUUUAUAUAAAAUACGGAGAAAUGUUAUUAUUACAGAUAGUGAUAAAAAUGUUAAUUUUACUGUAGAACAAAUAAAUGAUAAUCCAAAUGCUUACAAGGAUCCACGAACUAAUACAUUUGGAACAAGAAUUUUGAGCAAUAAGGAUGUUGAUGUUAACAUAAACAAAGAUGAAGAAAAAAAUUAUCAUUUAAGAAGAAUGGUUUUUGGAAUACCUGAAGGUAAUUUUGAAACUGAGAAUGAAUUACCAUUAAAUAUGAAUGGUGAUUUAAUGAAUGGAAUUAAUUUUGACAAAGGAUGCUACGUUGGUCAAGAAUUAACUGCAAGAACAAAUUUUGUUGGUGUUGUAAGAAAAAGAUUACUACCUUUAAAAUUUGAAUCUAAACUUGUUAGUGAUAGUACACAAUUAUUUGAUGAAAAUAAUAAAAGAAUAGGCAAAUUAAUAAAACGUAUAGAUAAUUUAGGUAUUGGAAUUGUUGCUAUUGAUAAAAUUGAUAAAGAAAUAGUAUGUAAUCAUGAAAAAGUUUUUGUUUUGAAACCUGAAUGGUGGAAGAAUUAG